CGGAGGCGGGGCGCGCGGGGCGGGGGCUGGGAUGCCCCACGGCGGUUAGGCCUGCCCUCUUCCCCGUCCGUCGCCAGCCAUGGAGGUGCCGGGCAUCGGGCAGCAGGAACCGGGCGCGGCCGCCGCCCCCAGCGAGGAGAUCGACCUGUCCCUGGAUGACAUCAUCAAGCGUAACCAGAAGGCACAGCCGAAUCGGAAACCCUGGCGGCACCAGCUGAAGACUCGGAACCCGGCCUUUGGCAGCAGGAGGCCUCGAUUCCAGAGCUGGGGACCACCAACCCUGCCAGGAUCUAGCAGAUUCCCCAAAGGAUUUAGGAAGCCACCCUGGGCCAGGAAGCCUUUUUGGAGCAGGAUGAGCACUCCAGGCCCAAGAGCAGCUGGGCAGAUGCAGGGCAGGAGCCCCCUCAACCGGCCAGCCUUUGCCCAGCAGGACAAGCCCGGGAAAGCCCCCGCAGGCAGGCAUGGUGAUGGAGCCCCCCAAGACUCUCAGCCAGAAGCACCCGCAAGAGCCAAAGCCUUCCGAACAGCAGGGACGACUCUGCCAUUUUGGAGACCCUUCCGAUUAAACCAAGGCCACGUCUUCCGCCAGAGCCGGGUCAGAUUCAACUUCAACCAACGGCAGCAAAUCAAGUCCAAGAUGGAGCAGAGACUUACAAGGGUGAGAAGGUGGAGAACACAGCCAAGUUCUGGAGCAGUCCUGACGGUCUCGGUGUCCAACCCCCAGGCUGGCCACUCCCAGGGGCCAGGACCGAAACGCCCCUUCCUGAGAAGGCGGAACAGCCAGAACCCGCAGCUCCGCUGGCAGCCGAGAGGAGUGAUGCUAAGAUUCAACUUCCGGGCUAUGGCUAACCAGACCAGCGUGACCCUGAACGAGCGAUUCUCUGGACUGAGGCACAAACGCAAUUUUUCAGCAGAACGCAACACUAGCCGGAUGGUCACUCUGCCGUAAGCCUCUUCCUCGACGUGACCAGGCGAAAGCUGGGAAGAGGUCAGCCCUCCAAGGCCACCAAUUGCCUGGGACUACCUGGGGAGGUCCCUCACCAACUGCAGCUUGGGAGGAGCCUUCUCAAUGGAGCUGGUGACCUCCAGAGGUCCUUCUUUCACUUGAGCAGUAUCUCCAUAGGCCGAGCCGAAAGGCACCUGCUGAGGAAGUUCUCCAGCUCUUGGUCUCCCUAGGAGAAGGCUUGGUCCUCAGCGUCUGCUAUCUGCAUCUCUUGCCUCUUCAUGGCCUCACGUGGAUGGGGAAGUCCCUGGUUACCACCCGGGGUCACCCUUGCGAGUCAACGGGACCCAGAAUUCCAACGGUUUCUUUCUUUCUUUCUUUCUCUCUCUCUCUCUCUCUCUCUUUCUUUCUUUCUUUCUUUCUUUCUUUCUUUCUUUCUUUCUUUCUUUCUUUCUUUCUUUCUUUCUGUGUUUGGCCUGGAAAGCACUUUUUCAGACCUGUUUUGAGGUACCCACAUCCACCAGAUUGGGGUGAUGACACCACCUCUAUAAUGCAGUCCCGCAAACAAUUUAAAUGGUUCCAUUUACAUAAAUCUCAUUGGGGAUGAGGAAGUGAGGAUGUCUGACCUCAUCACCGGGUCUUCUGGAUGCAUAUACUUGGAGGACUGGGUCAAAUUUUAGCAAACUUCAUUCUUAGAAGGAAUAAAGCUAGUUUAGAAUCUGAA